UUGAGCAAGUGGCUGUGUGGUGCUUAACUUCUGGUGCUUAACUUCCAGCUGGGCUUAAAACCAAAACAGCCUGAUAUUCAGUAUUGUGGUUAUACGUAAGACUUUUUGUCCAAUUAACAAGAAGCCUUUGUUUUAAUAGGCUUUCUACAUGUGUUUCUCACUCAAUACAGGCAUUUCCAAAUAGCAUUCUUAAUUUUUAUGUUAGAAAUAGAUGUUUAAUGGCACAUCUUUGUGCAUUUUUUCAUAGUCCUUUUUUUUUUUUUUUAAUCUUAAAGAGGAGAAUCAUGGGGUAAGAAAUUGACAAGCUAAAUGCAGUUGUUUAAAACCAGGUAUUUGAAAUUUGCAUUCUGGAAAAGUGUGGUGGGCAUAUUAUUCUUUGUUGAUCUGUAGUCUAGCCUCAUCUUGAGAAGAUACAUUUUGUAGCUGCCAAGUUAGUUUUUCAGGCAUGCAGUUAUAUGUGAAUUGCAAGAAGACUAAUAUGUACUUUCUGUGUAAGAUUGGAAUUAUCGGUGGAACUGGCCUGGAUGAUCCGGAUAUCUUAGAAGGAAGAACAGAAAAAUAUGUUGACACUCCGUAUGGCAAGCCAUCGGAUGCUUUGAUUUUGGGAAAGAUCAAAAAUGUGGACUGUGUGCUCUUAGCAAGACAUGGGAGGCAUCAUACAAUUAUGCCAUCAAAUGUCAAUUACCGUGCCAAUAUCUGGGCAUUAAAAGAAGAAAAUUGUUCCCAUGUGUUAGUGACUACUGCCUGUGGUUCAUUACGAGAGGAAAUACAACCUGGUGAUCUUGUCAUAAUUGACCAGUUCAUUGACAGGACAACUAAAAGACAUUGUACUUUAUAUGAUGGACAGCAUUCUACUCUUUCAGGAGUAUGUCAUAUUCCAAUGGCUGAGCCAUUCUGCACCAAAACCAGAGAGGUUCUUAUUGACACUGCCAAGAAGCUGGGGCUCCAGUGUCAUUCCAAGGGGACAAUGAUCACAAUUGAAGGCCCACGUUUCAGCUCUCGAGCAGAAAGCUGUGUGUUUCGCAGUUGGGGAGCCGAUGUUAUCAACAUGACUACAGUGCCUGAAGUGAUCCUUGCGAAGGAAGCUGGAAUGAGUUAUGCUAGCAUUGCCAUGGCAACAGAUUAUGACUGCUGGAAGGAACAUGAAGAAGCAGUUUCAGUGGAUAAAGUUUUAAAGACGCUGAAAGGGAAUGCAAAUAAGGCUACAAGCAUACUCCUUACUGCUAUACCUCAGAUAGGCUCCAUGGAAUGGACUGACACCCUGCACACUCUGAAAACAAUGGUGCAGUGCUCAGUCAUCUUGCCAAAGCAGUAACAACCUGGAUGGACCUUGAAGUUCCAGGGCUUUCAAGGAAGAGUGGAUCACUUUCGAAAUUUCAGAGGUUACAGUAUCUUCAAAAAAUGUUACAAGUUUAAAAGCAUGGACUAAACAUUGACCAAUGACCAUGUGUGAGGCUGCUGUUAAAAUCUUUCUCAGUUUGAUCACAUAGGAGAUGGUUAAAAUUAAAUUUUGAGUAUGUCUUCAACUAAAAUUAACCCUGCUGACAAACUAUAUCUGACAGUGGUCAGAAAAAAGAAGUCAGUAUCCUCUAAUCACUGGUACCUUUUAACUGAUGGUAGAAAGGGAAGUUUGAGUAAUAUUUUUGUUGCAGUUUCAUAAGAUAAGAUCUGAGAAAGCAGACUCACAGGCUAUUUGUGUUGCUGUUUCUACCUCCCGUCUUUUCCUUCAAAAAGGCACAUGGUUACAAUUAACUUCAGAAAGCUAACAGAAACAUAACAGAAAACCUGAACAAACAAUUUCAAAUCAAAAUCAUAGUAUUUUUAUACAUUAUCCGUAUUUUUUAUUCCAGUGAUUUUUUUUAUAGCAGUGUACUUGUUUUGUGUGCUAGAAGACAUGGUUUAAUAAUUGUGGUGGUUCUGUUAUAGCAGCAGUUGCGUAAUGAGUUAGUGUUAAUGUUCAGUCAGGAGACUGAAGUAAUGCCUAAACCAAAUUUGUGCCUGAAGAUGUACUUACAUGAUUUACAGAACUGUACAGAAAAAGUACUUUGCUGACAGCGUCCCAAACACUCUGCUGGCCAUUUUCCGCCUCAUUGAACAGCUCCAGUUUUAGUUCCUGUAUUAAGUGGUGAAUGUGCUCAAGUGGUUUGAAUGUAUGCAUUUCAAUUUUAUAAUAUGGUUUUAUUUUAAUAAAAUGACCUGCUACUUCUUGUCUAGUA